GAACAUUGGAGGGAAUUGAGGCUUUAUGGACUUUUGAAUGAUCAAAGGGCAGCAACAACAACACAGCAACAAUUAAAUAAUUUACAACAAGAUGAAGAUAAUUUUACUUUUGAUCUCUACUCAUUAGGUUCUUCAAUAGAUGUUAACAACGGUCAACAACUUCCAAUGGACGUAGAAGAACGCCAAUUUACUCGAAACGCAGCAAUUUGUGAACGAGAAACAAAAGAAUGGGAAGGGGCGGCAGUUUUAGUCUCUAAUAUUAUCGGAAUAAUGCCUAGUGAACCAAUAAUGUCGCCUGAAACUGUUGGACUUUUUUGUGGACGUUGUACAACUUUUGAUGUUCGAAAAGAGAGGGUAUUGAUUGGGAGAAGUACAAAAAGACACAAUGUUGAGGUCAAUUUAACAUUGGAAGGACCAACUUCUUAUAUUAGCAAUAUUUAAACUGACAGAAAAUAAUAAUUGUUUACUUCGAAAUAUUGGAAAACGACAUAUUAACGUUAAUGGAAGAGCUCUUUUACAAGGAGAAGCA